AUGGAUUUUCUGAAAGAAUCUGAUAGCAGUUCCAAAAAAGAGCCCGCUAAAAAGAAGGCAUCCUCGUCGUCAUCAAGAGGUUCGAAGCAAGGAUCAAGAGGGAAGCCUUCGAAGAAAAAGCGGAAAGAAAGCGUGAUGGUUCAUCUGAAAAAAGAAGGGAAACGAUCGAAAAUGCAGCACAUUCCUAAUCGCACACAGCCCGACAGCAAAGCUCUUGAUCUAUUCCCAAAACCAGCACGAGUUUCUUCUGCUCCUGACCAAGGAACGCCCUUGAAUAAACUGCAAAAGAUUGCGAUGGGUGCUAAAAAAGACAAGGAUGCAUAUCCUACAUUCGACGACAUUAAGAGCGAUUGGGAUGACGAAAAGAAAGAGAAAAUCAAGCCAAAAAAGAUGGAUCUAGACGACAAGCAGAAAAUAAUUGCAAUGGGGGCGAAGAAGGACACCUCAGCUUACCCUACUAUGGAUGAUAUUAUGAGCGACUGGGAUUCAAACGAAGACGAUAAAAAAGGGCCAAAGAAAAAAAAGGAAGCACCGGGUCCGAAGAGGUCGUGGAUUGGUCCCGAGAAGAAAAAACAUUGA